CGGCGCUACGGGCCCCCAGACCGCCCCGGACCCGCCGCCCGGGCCCUCCCUUCACGUUGCCGGGUAACGGCGGCCGCUCGGCAGCAUGGCCUCUCCCGCCCCGCCGGCGCCGCCGGGCGCCCCGGGUGCAGUGGGGCCGGAAGGGGCAGAGGAGGCACUCGGUGUCGCGGCGGCAAAGGGUCGGCAGCCUCCCGUCUCCGCCCUCUCCGCCUUCAGCCACAUCCCGGCCAGACGGGAAGGGCCUCCGGAGCUCAGCUAUUUCCACUGUGUGGGCAAGACAGGAGAUGUUUCCACUUACGAUGCCAUUUUUAAUAGAUCAGAGGGUUACAACGAAAAACUUCACCGAUGUGACAGAGAACAUGCAAGCAGUCGUGGUCUUAACAUUAACGAGGAGGAAAUGGCAAGACCUGUCGCUGUUCUGUCAUCUUCAGAAUAUGGGAGACGCGUACAUAAGCCCUUAGAGCAGCCGAUAAGAGAACAUGUGAAGAUUGAUCGCUUGCAGGCAGAACUCUACAGGACAAAUGGUGUCACCUGCUUAAUGGGAAAACCUCCUUCAAGCCUGGAGCCAUUCUAAGCCUCUUGUACCUGUCAUUACCAGCAACAUUUAUGUAGGAAAACACCCACCUCACAUCAAAAAGCAAAACAGUGCUUUUGCCUUUUCCUCUACAUUUUAGUUAAUGGGAAUGAUUUGGAUUAAAAUAGGAUGAAAUAGCAGCUCUGCUUUUCUUCAUGCUACUGCAAGUGCAUGUCUUCUUAUAGUCUCAUAGAAGUCUCAUGAAGAAGGGCAUCAGCAAGAGCUGAACAUUUUAGGUAGCAAGACUGGAAGUGAGACCUGUUGGGUCAACAGUCCUGCUACAUAAUUAUUCACAGACUUUAACAUUUAGACAAGCUUGUUCAAGGCAUCAGUGGUCACCAACUUCUUAAUUCUUACAGUGUUGCUACAAAAUUGCUAGGUGUUAUCUGUACAACAGCUGAAAUGGGGAUUCGACCCAGAUUUUCCAAAAUGGGCAAAUAAAGAAAUGAUCUGUGAUACUGUGAUCUCACUUAGGCAAACACUUAGCAGUUUCAGUAGACUUCAAGUGAAAGUCAGGUUAAAAGGCAGCUUCUGAGUACUUAGCAUUUAAAUAGACAAAAUCUGGGCUUAGCUGAUUUCAGACAUCUGUUUGCUGACUUUCACCAUACAAAUGGUGUCCGAGGGAUUGAUUUGUUUGUCAAAAGUUUCACAAUAAAAAUUAUCUUUGUUUCUGUACCCAAUGCUAAAAAAAAAAAAAAAAAAGAAAAAAGAAAAAAUGAAAAAAAUUUA